AUGUGUUCCGGAAUAAGGACGUGUUCCGUGUCUGUGACGUCAUCGAUUUUUGGCAGUCCCUGUGGUCUGCUGGGGGCAUUCCUAGUUGUCCAGUACAUCUGCGUGCGAGAUAUCGAAAGUGAAUGUUCGCAUGUGGCAGCCGGCUCGCGUCGGUCCUAUACCGAUCGAAUAAUCCAAUUCAAAAGUCAGGGCUACAUAUCAACACCGGGCUACCCUAGCCCGUACAAAAGAUACCUCAACUGUGAUUGGCUGGUAACCGUACAAUCAGAACAGAGCAUCUUAAUUAAAAUAUUCGACUUUGAACUGGAUGUAAAAAAGGGCAAAGAAUGUAGUGACAUCAAGGACAACAUCAACAACAAUAACAACGACAACAACGACAACAACAUCAGUAACAGAAUAAUAUUCAAAGAAUGUGGUUCAAUCGGCUACCAAACAAUGUUAAUUGAUGCAUCGUCUGUGAGAAUUUCGUUUAGAUCAGGUUCUGGAAGUUUGAGACAGCAAAGAGGAUUUUUGUUGUACUUCGAAGGCAAUGACGUCAUGAUGGGCAGGGUCACGUGUGAGGAUGGUUUCCGCAGGGCUAGUUACAAUGAAAAUGACCAUGAUGACGAUGACAUCAUCAUCAACAACAACAACAACUUCAACAACUACAACAACAAAAACAACAACAACAACAACAAUAAUAAUAACAAUAAUAAAUACAAUAAAAUUAACGGUAAUAAUAAUAAUAAUUAUUAUUAUGAACUUAUUGAGGAUAGCGAUGAUGGUGAUAAUUUCGUGACUGUGUGCAAUGGACACGGCUGGAUGUCCAGAUACGACCACUGCACCGGUGUUUAA